AUGUCUUCACAGACGGUCGCUGUAUCAGCGCCGGGUAAGGUCCUAUUUGCUGGAGGAUUUCUCGUUCUCGACCGGAAGCAUACUGGUCUUGUUUUUGGGCUAGAUGCUCGAAUCCAUGUCCACGUUGACUCCUGGCUUCAACACCCGUCUGCGCUGAAGGGAGCACAUAUCCAAGUCAGGUCGCCGCAAUUCAACGAGGCCCAAUGGCUUUACAGUCUUUCAGAUGCAGUCGGUGACCAUGUCGCCGUCAAUGUUGCUCAGGUACUCGACCAGGACGGUUUCACCAGUGGGUCGAAUAAAUUUGUGGAGACCACACUUCGAUAUGUCCUGAGUUAUCUGUCACAUGUCACGAAAGAUAUCUAUCAGAGCCUCAGUAUCACGAUUCUAGCGGAUGAUGACUACUACUCGCAAUCUGCUGGCUCAUCUCAACCACAAGAGGCCAAGUCGGAUUUUACCAACUUCGGAGUCAAGCUGACCGAGGCGCACAAGACUGGACUCGGCUCUUCAGCAGCUUUGGUCACAGCACUGGUAGCCUCAUUGCUGGGAUUUUACAGUGAUGGUGAUGUUGAAGAAACUCGACAACUUCAGCGGACUCACAAUCUCGCCCAAGCAGCCCACUGUGCUGCUCAAGGCAAGGUUGGAUCCGGAUUCGACGUGGCUGCCGCGGUCUACGGAUCGUGCCUCUAUCGACGUUUCAGUCCUGCGGUACUGGAAAGUAUCGGGGAGCCAACGAGUGUCGGGUUUUCUACUCGGCUUCGUGUCUGUAUAGAUCAUCUGGAUCUGGAGAACUCGUGGGACCAAGAAGUGGUGCGCCAGGCAGUGCAAGUACCUAACAGCCUUCUCUUGGUAAUGUGCGAUGUGGACUGUGGUUCGGAAACUCCUGGUAUGGUUCGCAAAGUCCUCCAAUGGAGGAAAGAGCAAUCCGAGGAAUCCAACUUGCUUUGGAAUGCUCUACAACGAGGGCAAGAAGAGUUGUGUCAGCAGCUUAGACGACUGGCCGAGAAAGAAGGAAUUUUAUUCGAUGGCUACCAGGAACUGGCCGAUACUAUCUCCACAAUACGCAGCCUCGUACGAGAAAUGUCGGUGGCAUCCACGGUGCCCAUCGAGCCGCCCGUCAUCACGGAACUGCUGGAUUUCUGCACCAGUUUGCCGGGAGUUGUGGGUGGUGUCGCGCCAGGAGCUGGAGGCUACGAUGCGGUGGCGCUAUUGGUAAAGAAUGAUGUGGAAGUGGUGCAUGACCUGCAAUCUAGACUGGAGGGUUGGAAGAGUAAGGAUACCAGUGGGACCACCAUUGGGAAGGUGCGAUUACUGGGAGUCAAGCAGGAGAAACAAGGCGUAAGGGCAGAGAGUAGUGUCAGAUAUAGUGGUUGGCUUUGA